UCAAAGCUUCGCCAAAUCCAACCUCGACUCCUUGCGACCAGCCCCUCUAAAUAACUUCGAUUGUGCCAACUCAACACCUUCCACAUAAUUAUACCAUCACCAAUACACUCCGCACCUACCUUCUGAUUACAUACUGCUCCGCAACACCAUCAUAGCCAAGCAGAGCGCCUACAGAGCAACUACGGAACAACACAGCUCUCAGCGCAAUGGCGCUCCUAACCUACCGCAAGGAUGUCGACUAUACAAAGCAACAGAGCGAGUUUGAAGGCUUUUUGGAGUCUUUCAAAUCGGCAACACACGAACUCGAGAAUGCCGCAUUGAACAUGCGCAUCGACGACGGUGAUACUAGUGACGAAUACGACUUCGCUGAUAGUGAUGAGGAGGCAGCUGAGCGCCGGCAUGCGAAUAAACAGCAACCGCAGAAAUUCGCAAACAAGUACAUGGAUUUGUUGCAGAAGGUUGCAAAUAGGAAGGCGAAUGAGAUCACGAUAGAUCUCGACGACCUGGCGCAAUACGAGAAGUCUUUAGAAGAUGAUGAUAUCUUCUCGGAUCUAGUCAAAGCGAUUGAAAGGAACACCCACCACUACAUCGAGAUCAUGUCGAGGGCCGUCGAUAAGGUGAUGCCAGAGCCAACAGAGGAGAUCAACUACAAAGACAACGUUCUCGACAUUAUCAUGUCGCAGAGAUCUCAAAGAAACGCGGAGAAUCGAUACAAUGAGGAGAAUAUGGACGACCCAUCCGUCCUGCCAGCGCCUUACCCCGCGGAGUUGACUCGAAGAUACACCCUUAACUUCAAGCCAAGGACAGCCAAUGAACUCACUCGCUCCAGAGCUCUCGCAGUCCGCGAAGUUAAAGGGGAGCAUCUCGGCCACCUCAUCACAGUUCGCGGCAUCGCAACACGGGUGUCUGACGUCAAGCCUUCCAUCCUAGUUAGCGCAUAUACCUGUGGUAUUUGUGGCUGCGAAGUCUUCCAACCCGUUACCACGAAGUCUUACGGACCUUUGACCGAAUGUCCGUCAGAGGACUGCAAAGUCAACAAUGCCAAGGGGAACCUAUUCUCUUCCAUGCGGGCUUCCAAAUUUGUCCCUUUCCAGGAAGUUAAAAUUCAAGAAGUCCCAGAUCAAGUUCCAGUUGGACAUAUCCCAAGACAACUGACCAUUCUGUGCCAUGGAGCACUUGUGCGCCAGAUCAGCCCAGGAGACCUCAUCGACUGCGGCGGAAUUUUCCUGCCGACUCCAUAUACGGGCUUUAAAGCGAUGAGAGCUGGUCUGCUAACAGACACAUAUCUGGAAGCUCAGCAUGUUAUUCAACACAAAAAGGCGUACGAGCACAUGGAAAGUGACCCAAAAAUCUUCAAGCGACUUGAUGCAUACGGUGCAUCAGGGCAAAUGUACGAGUACUUGGCCAAAUCUAUUGCGCCAGAAAUUUUUGGCCAUCUUGAUGUCAAGAAGGCUUUGCUGCUGUUGCUGGUUGGGGGUGUGACGAAAGCGAUGGGCGAUGGAAUGAGAAUCCGUGGCGAUAUCAACAUUUGCCUCAUGGGCGAUCCCGGUGUGGCUAAGUCUCAACUCCUCAAAUAUAUCACCAAGGUUGCCCCUCGUGGAGUCUAUACCACAGGUCGUGGUUCGAGUGGUGUUGGUCUCACUGCGGCUGUCAUGAGAGACCCGGUCACCGAUGAAAUGGUUCUCGAAGGUGGCGCCCUUGUCCUAGCUGAUAAUGGCGUCUGCUGUAUCGACGAGUUCGAUAAGAUGGACGACAGCGACCGUACUGCCAUCCACGAAGUCAUGGAGCAACAGACCAUUUCCAUCUCGAAGGCCGGCAUCUCAACAACCCUCAACGCUCGCACAUCUAUCCUUGCCGCGGCCAAUCCCCAAUACGGCCGUUACAACCCUCGUAUUAGCCCGGUUGAGAACAUCAACCUGCCUGCUGCGCUACUGUCCCGUUUCGACGUACUUUUCCUGAUUCUGGACAAGCCAACCCGGGAGACCGAUGCUAUGCUGGCUAAGCACGUCACGUAUGUGCACAUGCACAAUAAGCACCCAGAAACAGAUGGUAUCGUCUUGUCGCAGGAUGAAGUUCGCCAAUACGUGGCGAAAGCACGCUCAUUCCGCCCUGUCAUUACCAACAAAGUUUCUGAGUACAUGGUCCGCGCCUAUGUUGAUAUGCGCGCACAGCAAGCUCGCGAUGAGAAGACUGCAAAGCAGUUCACACACACCUCUGCCCGUACACUUCUAGGCGUCGUUCGUCUGUCGCAGGCUCUGGCACGAUUGCGAUUCGACAAUGAAGUUAUUCUGCCCGAUGUUGAUGAGGCCUUGAGGCUUAUCGAUGCGUCGAAGCAGAGUCUCUACGAUGAGCAAACAAACCGCGGACGUGAUGGCACACCGAGCAGUAAAAUCUACAAUCUCAUUCUCGCCCUGGCCGAGGCAGGCACCUGUGAUGUUGAUGAUGGAUCGGAUAGCGGCGAACUCAGCAUUAGAAAGGUGCAGGAGAGAGUUAUUGCCAAGGGAUUCACAAUCGAUCAGUUCCAACAGGCGAUUGAUGAGUACACACAGCUUGAUAUUUGGCAAACUUCCGGUAAUGGUACUAGACUGGCGUUCCUUCAGAACGUGGACAAGGACGCAGAUGUGGAGGACAUGUUUUAAUUUAAAAGGGGGGAAGUUCUUACAUGUUCUAUAUGUAGACUUGUGCAUUGGAGUGCUGGCGUUUCAUAGGAUGGUAUACAGUGUGUUCACGCUAGGAGAGCACAGGGUAGAUGUUUACGAAUUCAAAGUUAAAUUUCC